AUGGCUUCUAACCAACCUGCUAAGUGCUGCACUGAGGGUGUUCGCCAUGAAGGCGAGCCCACCGGCAAGAUGAUCAAGCUCGGUAGCGGCCUUGACGCUUACAUCGCGACAGCUCCCGCGGAUAAGGCGCACAAGGGUACCGGAAUUGUCUACAUUGCCGAUAUUUUCGGAAUUUGGACCAACAGCAAAUUGAUGGCUGAUCAAUUCGCCGCCAACGGCUACACCACCAUCAUCCCCGACAUUUUCAACGGCGAUGUUAUGCCUCUGCCUAUGCCUGAGGGUCUUGACAUCAUGAGCUGGAUCACAAAGGGUGCCAAUGGCGAUAACCCUCAUACACCCGCUCAGAUCGACCCUAUUAUCGUUGAGUCUAUCAAGACGCUCAAGGAGCAGGGUGCGACAAAGAUUGGAGCUGUCGGAUACUGCUUCGGCGCCAAGUCCCAGUACGUUGUUCGCAACUACAAGGAGGGUAUCGACGUCGGUUACAUCGCUCACCCUUCUUUCGUCGAGGAAGAAGAGCUCAAGGCCAUCACUGGUCCCCUCUCUAUCGCUGCUGCUCAAACCGACAACAUUUUCCCCACUAAGCUCCGCCACCGAUCGGAGGAGAUUCUCAUCGAGACUGGCAAGCCGUUCCAGAUCAACCUGUUCUCUCACGUUGAGCAUGGAUUUGCUGUGCGCGCUGACCUGAAAGACAAGAAUAAGCGAUUUGCCAAGGAGCAAGCUUUCUUCCAGGCUGUGCAGUGGUUUGACGAGCACCUUGCUUAG